AUGUUUCCCAUUAGUAAUUCAGUGAAUUCAUUGCUACUUAUAAGUGUAUUUAUUAAUUUUACUAGUGGUGAAAAUGUUGAUUUGAAUAAGAAAAAUUUAAAUUGUGAGAGCUCAAAUAUUGUUGGUGUUGCGCCAGAUAGACAAAGUUUAUAUAAACCGGGUGAAGAUGGUAAAUUUCAUUGUUUAAAUGCUCCUUCAAUUGCAAUUGAUUUCAAACAAGUUAAUGAUGGUGUAUGUGAUUGUCCAGAUGGAUCAGAUGAGCCUGGUACUGGUGCAUGUGGAAAUGAGGAUCUAUUCUAUUGUGAGAAUAAAGGCUUCAUUCCAAGAUAUAUUUCCAAUAGUAAAGUUGGCGAUGGUAUUUGUGACUGUUGUGAUUGUUCUGAUGAAUUAAUGAGACUAAGAAGCUCUGGUGUAGAAUUCAACGAAUUUGAAAAUAAUUGUUCGAUUCUAAGUGAAGAAUUUGAUAAAAUGGUUGACAGUGAAUUAAAUAUUUAUUCUUUAGGUUACAAUUCUUUGAAUGAAUUGAAAAAAAAAUAUAAUAUCGAAUCUGUUGAAGAUAAAUUGAAAAAUAGUAAAAUACAAUCAGAGUCAAUUAAGGAUAAAAUGAAGGAUAUCAACAAAAAAUAUGAAAACUAUCAAAGUAUAUUAAAUGAUGAGCGAGUGAGAUAUGAAAACGAACUAAAAUUGGUAAAUCCGAUACUAUUAGAAUUUGAGAAAUUAGAUAUCAAAUAUCUACAAGACACUUUAAGUGAGAAAUUUGAAGAUAUUAAAAAAAUUAAUAAAGUAUUUAGGGAAUUGACUGGAAUCAUGGAAAAUUUGAUAGAUACAUACACAAGUUCUAUGAAUGAUAAAGUAGUUAAUGAUAACGUGAAAAAAUAUAAUAAGUUAUACUCAGAUAAAAAAUUGAAAAGAAUGUUUAGAGAUUGUAAUCCUGUCGUUGAUGAAGAUCAAAAAGGCCAGUUAUUAGACUAUUUAUCAUAUGAAUUACCAACCUUAUUUUCUAUGGGUCUCAAAUUUGAUGACUUUGAAGAAGAUUCAAGUUAUUAUAAUCAAGAGGCUAUCGAUGAUAAAAAAUUUAAAACCGUUAAAUAUAACGUAGGUAAAAUUAAUUUUGUUAGAAGUUUAUUGCUUGGUAAGUUUUCUUAUACUGGAAAGACAAUCGAGAUUAUAGAAGAAAUCAUGGCCAUAUUAGAAGAUAUCACAAAUAAUUUCAAUGUCAAUUUUCAAGAUAAAGGUGUUUUGAAUGCAAUCAGUGCUUAUAAGAAAGUUUUGGAUCAAUAUAAUGGAUUAAGCGUUACAGAGGAUGGAUCUAAAAAGGGGAUUAGUUUACCAAUUGAGUUUUCUAAUGGUGUUGAAGAAUUAUUUAAUUUUGUCACUGAAAAAGUUCCAACAUUUUUAGAAGUUGAAGAUGUGCCUGUUGAAAAUAAUGUGUUGGAGAAUAACGAAAACGAUAAUAUAUUUGGUAGGUUAAAUAAAUUUUUGGUAAAUGUUAAAAAUGAUAUAAACAAUGAAUAUUCUGUUUCAUUAUUAAAAUCGUUGAGAAGUCAAAUCAAUACACAUGAAAAUGAAUUACAAAAAUUAAAUGAAACGUUAGAAUUAAAUGAGAAUUCUUUAAAAUCUUUGAAUGAAUUUGUUGAAAAAUAUCAAACUGGUGAUGAAAAUAUUAAAAAUACGAAAGAAUUAGUAAUUCAAGAAUAUAAAGAUUUACUAAAUAAAAUGAAAUCUGACAAUGAAGAAGAUGGCAUUUUUUGUAUAAAUGAUGCAAUUAACAACUAUUUAUACAACAUAUGUUUUGAUUCUAAAAACGGGGGAAGAAUACUUCAAAAAGAAUUAAAAGGUGAUGGUAACGUUAUUUUAAUUGGUGAUCUAAAUAGUAUUAAUUUCGAUGAUAUAAGUGAUUCAGAGUCAAUAACAAACCAAAAAUACAUUGAAUAUUUGAAAACAAAAUAUUCAACUAUACAAAAAGAUGAUGAUGAUGAAGAUGAUAAUCAAUUAUAUCUUAUAGAUCACUUGGUAAAUGAAACUAGUGAAAUUGGUAAAGUCGAUUAUUUGAUUGAUGCUUUAUAUGAAAUAAACAAUGGUAUAAAAAUUGAAUUUAAUAAUGGUGAUAAAUGUUGGAAUGGACCAAAACGUUCGGCUACUGUGGUAAUCAAAUGUGAUGAAAAUUUUAAAAUAAGUAAUGUACAAGAAACUACAAAAUGUAAUUAUAUUAUUGAGAUUGUUGGUCCAUUGGGAUGUUCAUCAAAUUACCAUAGAGAUAAAUAG